UCCACGGUCUGUUGAGUAGAACACUUUUCAUCCCGCGUGUCUCGCUAUUUUUUUUCGAUAAAAUAAACUAGUUUGUUCUCCGGAUCUUUAUCAAAUGUUUGCGCGAUUAAAGUCAGUUUUUUUUAACGAAGAUUAUCGUUUUAAGAGAGAAAACAAUGAGUUGCCUCGUACCGAUCCGCGCGAUAUUCAAAUGAUACAUCGAGACUCGAGGAAAUCAUCGAUUGUGUUGAGUUUCUGUGCGUUCUCCUCGAGAUAAGACCCUAUCUGAUGGGAAAUAAUGAUUGUUUAAAAAAGAAGAUACGAGCCACCGCAUUCGGGAAUAUAACUCUGCGAGAUCGCGAGAUAUGGUGAAUGGAUAUUCGAUCGAUACCGCGACCGUGACACUACUGACGGGAAAAGCAAUCGAUUAGGCUGAUGAAACGUGCGAAGUAUGGAAUUUUUCGGGCACAUAUCUCUUGACCAUCGAUCCGAAUAUCACGGAGCUGAUGAAUCUGAGCGAGUCCGACUAUGUAAAGUCGAUCUGGGGCCCGAAAUAUCUGCCUCUGAACACUUGUCUUGCGAUUACACUCGUCUACGUCAUGAUCUUCGUCACCGGAGUAUUUGGUAACGUCACCUGUAUCGUCAUUAGACGAAAUCCUGUUAUGCAAACCGCCACCAAUUACUAUCUGUUCAAUCUAGCAGUAUCCGAUCUGCUUCUCUUGAUUCUUGGAUUGCCUAAUGAGUUGAGCGUAUUUUGGCAACAAUAUCCAUGGACACUUGGAGUGGGUUUGUGCAAAAUACGAGCAUACGUUUCAGAAAUGUCAUCUUAUGUGUCAGUGUUAACAAUAGUAAUAUUUUCGUUGGAGCGGUAUCUAGCGAUAUGUCAUCCCUUGCAUUUGUAUGCCAUGAGUGGGCUUAAACGGCCUGUGCGAUUCAUCGUAGGUGCCUGGUUACUAGCUCUUAUCUUCGCCUUGCCCUUCGCCAUUUACACGACCGUCAAUUACAUCGAGUAUCCACCAAAAUCCGGUCGCCAUUCGGAGGAAUCGGCGAUGUGUGCCAUGUUGCUGCCUAACAUGCCUAAGUUCCCACUUUACGAGCUUAGUUGCCUCAUAUUCUUUCUCGUGCCAAUGCUAUCCAUAGCAGUGCUCUAUGUGAGAAUGGGUCUCCGAAUACAAAGCAACGGCCUCGGGCGCAGCAUCGAGGGCUCCGUUCAUGGAGAAACGAGGCAGGCUCAAUCACGAAAAGCCAUCCUUCGAAUGCUCAGUGCGGUCGUGAUAACAUUUUUUAUUUGCUGGGCGCCCUUCCAUGCUCAGCGCUUAUUGUACGUGUAUCAAGUAUCGGCCUUUGAAGUUAUUAACGAGUGGUUGUAUCCUCUGGGUGGUUGCUUAUACUACUUUAGCACAACAGCGAACCCGAUCCUGUACAACGUGAUGAGCGCCAAGUACAGGAUGGCGUUCAAGAAGACUCUGUGCUGUGCACCAACGAGUCCUACCAUCACAAGGGAUGAUCUCAGCAGCAUGAGGGACAGCACGGCAUGCGGCUGCGGAUCCAGAAGAGGAUCCCAGGUGAUCCGUGUAAGAAGCAUACAUCACCAACGUAGCAUUAAAUGCAAUAUGUUGCAUGUGAACGAGAUGCUUCGUUCGCCGACGAGAUUACGUUACGACGACGAGGAUGACGAAGUGGGUCACUGCAACGCGGAAAGAUCCUGCAACAUUCUCAGUCCUGAUGCACGACGACAGGAUACGAAGAUGAGAUCCUCGUUUUUCGUGCAUUCGAGUAACGGUAGAACUAAUAAUAACGCACAAAUGACCGCGGCAAAUGAGACGUGUAUCUGAUUCUCGGCUUAUUUUAAUGGAAAUAAAAAGAAAUCACCUUUUGUUGUCCUCGAAUUGCAGGAUAAAAAGCUACCGUGUCACUUUUGCAUACCAAAACGAGGUUGACUGAUGGGCAGAUUAACGGGGAAUGUGCUAUCUCACGAUGAAGGACGAUUAUUUCGGAAAAAGACACCGCGAUAUUCUCCUCGAAAAAACAUAUUGGGGAUUUUGCGAUGUUUUUCCGGAGCAAAAUAAAAUUCUGUGUCUGCGUGGAAAAUAAUAUGAGUGUGGUGUGGAGGUAUUGACAGCAGUUAUAUUUAUUUGUUAUAAUACGGGAUAUAUAUUGUGCAAUAUAUCGAGUGAAAAUAUCGCAGAGUUAAUUAAACUUCACGACGCGGAAUUAAUUUAAUAUGGGUGCUUCGUACAUAAACUUAUAAGGAAAAUGUACAAGUGACGAAAUCGAGACGCGAGAUAAGGUUCAAUACAUUCGACUAGAUAAUAGACAAUAGUAUAAACGAUAAAAUAUAUAAAAAAAUGUUUGCUUUAAGUGCAAAAGACUGAAAGAUAUAUAAGAGACGAAAAAGAAGAAACGUAUUGUCAAACGUUUGCAAUCUUAAGCAAUAAUAAAUAAUUGAUGCGCUUUAAGUUCAUCGGAAGAAUUACUUAAAUAAACAUAUAAAACUUCAAUCUUUUCAUUAUAAUUUGAUAACAUCAAUAUAUAAUAUAAAAAGUAUUGUAAUUA